AUGGCCAAGAAGAACAAGAGCUGGUUUAAUCUGGUGAAGAGCCUUUUCAUAUGGGACACACAUUCCACACAAGAGAAGAAAGAGAAAAGAAGGAAAUGGAUAUUUGGAAAGCUAAAAACCAAGAAGUUACCUUCAAUUACAGCUCCAGCAACAACAUCAAAUGAAGCUGAGGAGGAGGGAAAAACCAAGCAUUCUCAAGUUGUUAUGCUUAAUGAAAGAGAGAUUCAAGAAUUUGCAGCCAUCAAAAUUCAAACUGCUUUUAGGGGCUACCUUGCAAAGAAGGCUUUGAGGGCAUUGAAAGGAAUAGUAAAACUUCAAGCGAUUAUUCGUGGGCGAGCAGUGAGACGCCAAGCUAUGAGUACUCUCAAGAGCUUGCAGUCCAUUGUAAGUAUUCAAUCAAAGAUAUGUGCAAGGAGACUCCAAAUGGUUGAAGGAAGAUGGGAUUCUGUUGAAGAUGAAGAGACUCUUUAUUCUAAAGACAAGAUCAUUAGGAUGGACUCAAACAGCGAAAGAAAGUGGGAUGACAGCACUUUAUUGAAGGAAGAGGUAGAUGCCUGUUGCAUGAUCAAGAAAGAAGGCAUUAUUAAGAGAGAAAGAAUAAAAGAAUACACAUUUAAUCAUAGAAGGUCAGCAGAGUCAGAAAGAAGUAAAGUGAACGGAAGAUGGAGGUACUGGCUAGAGCAAUGGGUAGAUACACAGCUUUCUAAAAGCAAAGAACUUGAAGGAGGGUAUGAAUGGAUUUGGAUGUGGCAUAAAAGUUGCAUACUAAAAGAUCACGAUGUUUUUGAUACUUGGCCUUGA